AAAUGAAAUACAAGUUACUGUUCGGUUCCAUGCAUAACAGUAGAACUGAUUCUAAAAUACAAAUUCUUUUACCACAUACAGAUAUCACAAAGCCAUUAAAAAUGACAAUACCCCAUAUAAGCUAUUAUAUAUGGCAAAAGUAUCUUCACGUGUAAUCUUUACUGGAAUAGUUAGGCGGCUAGAUGCAAUCACGCGAGCAUUUAAAGAUAAAAACUGGAAUCAAAUACUUUUCGAGAGAUGAACUGCAUAAAUUUUCAGAGUUUAGAAGUACGUUAGAUAUGUGAUAGUCGGAGAAAACCGAUUGAAGUGAUAGUAUUUUGCUCUUCGCAAGUCCUUUUCCAUGUAUCCCGUCUCACGUUCUUGGAUGAUGUCUAUUUCAAUCCAAAAAGUGACCCAUAUGUUGUUGUCCCACAAUUUCUUGGACUGUUCUAUGUAUCUAGCCACAAGCUAAAUGCGCUCAGGACAAAACUAGAGGAUACUUUGGUCCAUGCAUUAAAUCAAAACUUCCUUUUCAUCAACAUGCAGCAGAAGAGUGUAAAACUCAGUCACAAGAGAAUUAUUUCCCACCACAAAUAACUAAUCGUCAGCUUUAUCAUCUUACCUUCUGUAUCUUCUAACUACCCUACCAGCAGAAAAUCUAUCAAACAUAAAGAUACUAAGCCAUCAAGCCCAGCAAAUCACAUAUUUUCUCAUAAAUUUUGCAGCAGAAAUUCAAAUAGUGUUAGGCACUUCAUCCCAUGAAGGGUAGUUCUAAGAAACUAAGCAAGAUCAUACAGAGAUGGAGGAGAGGGAAAAAUGGUCAGUUUGUUGUCUACUCAAAAGAUAACAAAAGGUUUGUUGUUCCUCUGUGUUAUCUGAACCAUCCUAUAUUCAGAGUGCUGUUGGAGAUGGCUGAAGAGGAGUAUGGAUUGCCGAUUCAAGGGCCUCUAAGAGUUCCUUGUGAGAAAGAAUUAGUGGAGUACCUUCUUGGUGUGUUUGGUAAGGCAGAUUCAAUAACAUUAGAGAGUUUCAAAGAAGAAAAUAAAGCUAAACUCUUGUCCACUGUACUGUUUAGUUAUGUCUAAUACUAUAUACCAAAUAUGCUCUUUAUUCUAUGUUUAGCGAUGAAAGAAUCCUAUCGAGAACGUAGGAACGUAUUUUAUCUAAUGCAAAGUGCCUAGAGGUUUCUAUCUCA